AUGGAACUGGUACUUAAGUUUACUAUUCUUAUUGCUUUAGUGCCGUUGUUUAAAGCCCAGCAAAAAGACCAGGAGAAGACAUUUACUGUGUCCAAUGAUCAAAACACAAUAUUCCCCAGCGAAGGAUCUCUUAUUGGCUCAACAUCUUGGCCAGCAGUUGAAAACCAGGAACACGAAAACAAUCAAAUUUUGGUGACAACCGAAGAACCAGGCACAACAACCAUUUAUCCGUCUUUAAGAUGCCUUAGCUGUAAAUUUUGUUCCCCAAAUGAGGGAAAAACAAGAGAUAGUAAAGGAAAAAAGUUUUGUCCCAUACAUCCAGGUGUACUAAAUGGUUGCAGCUCUAUUUAUUUCAAUUUUUCCAGCAGUGCUGGCGGUCCAGAAGGCUAUAUCAUAAGGAGUUGCAUUUCCGAUCUAAGCGAGGGCGAUCACAACUAUUGUAAGAUAAAUGAGAGGGUCUGCCACAAGUGUUACUCCGAUGAUUGCAAUUAUCUGGACAUCACCACAAAUGGGUUGGUGACUGGAGGAGGAGCUCGAAUAAUGGUCUCAAUGUUCCUAGUAAUCCCUAGUUUGAUCGGUUGGAUUUUAGGUAUUGUGUAA